AUUCUGGUCUUCCAAUCAAUGGCUCUUUUCUCAACCAUUCCAAGCUAUGAAAACUCAGCCCUUCUCAGAAACCCUAAUAUUGGUCUCAACAAAAGUCCUAGACCUAGAACAUCAAAUGGUAGCCUCAGGCUCAUUUCCUUGAAGAUUAGGGCCACGCAUACACAAGUUGCUGACUCAUCUUCAGUCCAACCAUUGCUCACCAAACCACUUGAAAUUACCCAAUUGCCGAUAUUCCAAUUUGAUGAGUACCUGUCCAUGAAGGCAAAGAAGGUGGAGAAAGCUUUGAAUGAGGCUGUGCCUUUGCAAUACCCCAAGAAAAUCCAUAGGGCAAUGAGGUACUCACUUUUAGCCGGUGGAAAGCGUGUGCGCCCGGUUCUAUGCCUUGCUUCGUGUGAAUUAGUUGGAGGGGAUCAGUCUCUUGCAAUCCCAACAGCUUGUGCCGUUGAAAUGAUCCACACCAUGUCACUUAUUCAUGAUGAUCUUCCUUGCAUGGACAACGACGAUCUUCGUCGCGGAAAGCCCACAAACCACAAGGCUUUUGGGGAAGAAACCGCUAUUCUAGCCGGUGAUGCCCUCCUCUCCCUUGCCUUUGAGCACAUAGCGGCUAAGACCACAAAAGUGGUCUCCCCUGAACGCGUGGUUCGGGCCAUUGCUGAGCUUGGUUCAGCCGUAGGGUCAUCAGGCCUCGUGGCGGGUCAAAUUGUCGACAUUUUGAGUGAAGGUAAAGAAGUGACACUAGAAGAAUUGGAGUACAUACAUGUGCAUAAAACCGCGAAGCUCCUUGAGGCUUCGGUGGUUUGUGGGGCAAUAAUUGGAGGAGGGAAUGAAGGUGAGGUAGAGAGGAUGAGGAAGUAUGCAAGGUGCAUAGGGUUGUUGUUUCAAGUUGUUGAUGACAUUUUGGAUGUGACAAAGUCGUCGGAGGAAUUGGGAAAGACGGCUGGGAAGGACUUGGCAAGCGACAAGGCGACAUAUCCAAAGCUCAUGGGCAUUGAAGGGGCAAGGAAUUUUGCUGCUAAGUUGGUGGCUCAAGCAAUAGAAGAGCUUGCUCAUUUUGAUGCUGCUAGGGCUGCUCCAUUAUAUUGUUUAGCGAACUACAUUGCCAAUAGACAGACUUAGAGGAGCAAUUAACAGAGACUGCAUGUGCUUCCUUUAAUUUUUCUUCUAAACUUCUUGGUGGGUUUUCGCCUAUAGUAAUUAG